GGCGAGGCACUCGUUCCUGCUCCAAACAUCGCACUCCUACAGCCUCACAAAAGCCUCCUCCUCCCCACACAAACACCCUCAUCAUCUCCUCUCGCCGUCGUCUUCGCCACCGCCAGCCGUUCCAGCAGCGUGUGGUCGGUUCCAGACACGUCGUUGCUGUCUUCUGCGCACUUCGACCGUCCCUUUCGAUCGAGAAAAAAACGCCCCAAUCCAAAUCCUUGCAUCGCGAGAGCCCAGCCAAACCUGUUCUAGGCAGCCUGAAGCCCCAGAAUCUUUCAUCAUCCUCGUUGCUCUACUCUACAUAGACAACGCAUCGCCACACCAAUCACACACUAUCUCACAUUCAAAUGUCUGAAGUAGCAUCAAGGCCGGCGCCUGCGCGCGGCAGAGGUUCUGCUCGCGGCGGGCGAGGCGGCGCCAGAGGUUCCACCCGGGGCAGAGACCGACCGACAAAUGGCACAUACAGCACAAAGGAAGCGUCAGCUGACGACUUCAUCACCGAGCAGGGAGAACUUGGCGAGAUGAAGAAACAAUUCUCGUCGCAAUUGCCCAUGCUCAAGGAACUGUUCCAAGACUGGACUGAAGUCGAUCUAUUGUUUGCUCUCCAAGAGACCGACGGCGAUCUGGAAAGCACGAUCGAGCGCAUCUCCGAAGGACACGUCUCCAAAUUCUCAGACGUCAAAAGUACCAAGGAAAAGGCCAAGCCCAAGGCUAAGGAAGGCUCUGCCGAAGCAGCGACGUCGACUCGUGCAGCACGCGGUCGUGGUGCCCCCGAUGCUUCGCGCGCCACCCGUGGUAGAGGAUCUGAGCGUGGUCGUGGUGGACACAGAGGUGGGCGCGGCGCAACGCACAGUACUGCUCCCGGCUCGCGUGCCCCUGCUACGUCUACGGCCACUGGAGACUCGAAUGCUUGGGGUGAUUCAACAGCGACAGAUGGUGCGUCCUCAGCUGCGCGGGAUGGUUCGACAGAGUCGUCGGUAAAAGCGGCACAAUCUGAGCCGGCAAAGCCAAAAGCGCCCGCGGAACCUCCGAAGAAGACUUGGGCCCAGAUGUUUGCUAAGCCAGCAGUGCCUCCUCCAGCACCUGCCACACAAAAACCUGCACCAGAAGCAGCACCAACAUCAGACGUCGCUGUGACGCCUAGCGAGACAUCUGACUUCGUUGAGGUGACACAUGCAGAUGCGGAGCCCGAGGAGACUAUUCCGUCAGCAACAGAAGACACGCCUGGUCAUGAACCACCCCAGAUAACUGAGGCUGAAGAUCACUCCAUUCAGAUUGCUCCAUCGAAAGAUCAAUUGACGAAAGAAAACGUCGAACACCUACCAGAUACCGCCCAACCUGCUCCCACAGGUACAGCGGCAAGCACGGUUGAAAGUUCACGAGGACCAGACAGUGUCACACCAUCAGUAUCGGGCCAGCCUAUCGCGCAGGCGCCAAUUGGCCGCCCACAACUUGGAGGAUUCCAAACAACGGCGUACAAAGCCACUGCUAGCGGCUCACGAUCCGCCAGCUUUAAUCGCAGACUUAUGGAACAGCAGGAGGCUGUUGUAAUGCCUGGCAACCAUGCCGUUGACAGAACUGCCGUUCAAUUUGGCAGUCUUGGUUUGAGCGGUGACGCUCUUGAUGUCGAUGAGGAUCGUGAAGAGCUCGAAACCCGUGCUCAACCUCCACAACAUUCACCUGUGGCGCAGCCAAGGGCUUCCCUUCCUCCAGUCCCUCGCCAGCCAGCUGUUUCUUCAACAGCGGCGGCAGCCGCUAAUACAAGUACUGAAGCUUCAACUCAAGAAGCUCCGGCAACUACAAAGCCAGCACCUGGUCUCCCACCUGCACCUGCUUCACAGCAAGCUUUCUCACAACAAUCACCCAGUGCGACAGCUUCGCAAGCUCAGCCAAACGCGCAAGCUGCUCAGGGAUACGGCCAAUUUGGCCGCUAUGGCCAGAAUGAUGCUUCUGCGCAGAAGCAGUACGAUCCAUUCGGCCAGCAGCUACCUCAACAAGCUGGCUAUGGUAGUUUUCCAAAUAACACUCAGGCACCAGAACAAAGUGCGCAGGGUCUUGGUGGCUUUUCGUCCUCCGCCAACGAUUAUUCCUCUUACUACACAGCGGAUCAAAGAAACGCAUACUCAAAUUAUUACAAUUCAUACGGACAACAACACUCCGGCGCUCAGCAAGAUGCUGGCGCGUCUCAGCAACGCACUGGUAGUGCGUUCGGGGCAGCUGGCGAAUCAGGCUUCCCCGCCGCCCAAGCUAGCCAGAUCUCGUCUCGUUAUGGAGACAACCAGAGUGGACAUAACACGCCAAACCCAACAAUUGGUGGCCAGCAUGCUGCGGGCCAGGGCGCCGCUGGUCAUUCGCAUCAGCCUCACGCUCAACAUGGCGGCUAUCCUUACCAGCACCCAUACUACAACAGUCCGUAUUACUCUGCGUACAUGAAUCAAUAUUCCCCAUAUGCCCAGCAAGGCUUUGGCGGUCAGUUCAACAAGGGCGGCAUGUACAAUCAGCCCCACCACGGCGGCUAUGAUCAACAUUCGUCUUCUCCAGCUUACGGUGCCGGUUUUGGACGUGACAUCGGUCUAGGAGGCGGCAUGGGUGACUAUGGCCGCUCUGGUUCAGCCCAGCCCUCGCAAACCGCUCAGUCAGGCGCAACUGGUGCAUUCGGUGGCAAUGAUCGCUACAGUGGGUUCCAGGGACAGGCCUCGUCUUACGGCAGUGCGACUCAAGCGGGUCAGCAAGCAAAUGCCAGUGAAGACGCCCUCAAACCCUUUGGUGAUUCAAAGUCGGGUCCUUCGCCCAGCGCCCUUGGAGCCCAACAACAGCCCGGCCGUCCAGGAUCUGCAACAAACACUUCGGCUCAGGCUUCUUCCCAGUCUGGACUGCCACCCCCUCAAACCCAUCAGCAAGGUGCAUUCGGAAUUUAUCCCGGCCAGCAUCAACAAGGCUUUGCAGCGAAUUCGCAGUAUGGCGGUGCCCUUGGUGGACUGGGUGGACAUACGGCUGGUGCGCAGCAACAUUCACAGGGUGCAUAUGGUAGUAACUACGGUGCGGCAGGCUUCGGAAGCAACUACGGAUCGUAUGGUCGCGGAGGUUGGGGACAGAAUUACGGCCACUAGGUGUGCUGCUGAGUUCCUCAUUACCUUGGCUUCUUGAGAUACUACUACUUCGACUCUUUCCGAUCGGACAAACCACUCUCGGUCACGAAGUCCUCUGCACACUAUCUACAAAUCAUUGAGCGACCCUCGGGAAUUCUGUACCAGUAUACUCGAGCGCUACAGCAACAUCCGCAGAUCUUCUCUCAUUCUUCUUCUAGUUUAUAUGGUGUGUGCGCAUAUGUGUGUCUAACUAGGUUAUCUCUCUGUGAAGCGUUCGCAAGAACCUUGGGCAUCUUCUUUCUCAACAAUUGCUGCUAUUAAAAAAGGCUAGGGUGUGGAAUUUGGCCUUCUUCGUUUGGGGCAUGGAAUUUUUCUCAGGUUUUGCAUGGGACGUGCGUGUACGCAAUCAACCGGGGGAAAAGGGACUGGUUAACUACGACUGCACAUGCACUGUAACCGGUACUGUGUCACAAUACUGCGUAUGAAUAUCUUGACUUAAGUUUCUAUAAGUGUUUGAAAGUUGGGACAUAGGACAUCAAAAGAUGAACGACGAUGAAGUAGCAAGAAGCAGAAAUUGAAAGUCUGGCCAGUACCAUCAUCAUAAGUAGUCCGGGAGAUCUG